CUCUUUUUCGCCCGCAGAUCCGCACACCCUGGCUUGCUGUCACUCCCAUCUCGCAAAAAUGGUCUUCGUUCCUCCCUCCUACUCCAACAUCGGCAAGGAAACCAACGACCUGCUCGGCAAGGACUUCCCUGCCGGCAACGUCAAGCUCGAGUUCAACUCCACUGCCUCCAACGGCCUGAAAUUCACCGUCACCGGCUCCAACAACGCCGGCAAGACCGGUGGCAUCAUUGCCGACAUCAAGAGCAAGUUCUCUGACAAGGCUCGCGGCUUCACCUUCACCGAGUCGUGGACCACCGCCAACGUCCUCGGUGUCCAGCUCGAGCUCCAGGACAACAUUGCCAAGGGCCUCAAGCUCGAUGUCAACGCCUCCAUCCUCCCCGCCAUCGGCUCCAAGUCCGUCAAGGCCGGUGCCGAGUACAAGCAGGAGUACAUCUUCACUCGCGCCAACAUUGAUCUCUUCCGCGGCCCCACCAUUGCCGGUGAUGUCGUUGUCGGCAACGACGGCUACAUUGUCGGUGGUGACAUUGCCUACGAUGUCAACGAUGCCAAGGUGACCCGCUACAACGGUGCCGUCGGUUACGCCAACAAGGAGUACUCCGUCACCCUCCAUGCCACCAACGCCUUCAACACCUUUGCUGCCUCCUACUUCCACCGCCUGAACCCGGAGGUCGAGGCCGGUGCCCGCGCCGUCUGGAACAAGUCCUCGGAUGCCAACGUUACCAUCGAGCUCGGCUCCAAGUACACCCUUGACAAGGAGGCCUUUGCCAAGGCCAAGAUCGACAACCACGGCCGCCUCGGUCUCAGCUACACCCAGAACCUGCGCCCCGGCCUGAAGGUCACCUUUGGCGGUAUCUUUGACACCUCCCGCCUCCAGGAGAACGCCCACAAGGUCGGUCUCUCCUUUGUUGUUGAUGCUUAAGCCAGCCACCACACUCCUCUCCGUUCACUCUCCUACAAGCCCUGUGCUGCGGAUCUUUUGCCCUCGUACCCUCCUGUUCACAUGAACGAGUAAAUAGAUAAAACACAUCUGAACUCGCA